AUGAAGCCAGUUCAUCUGCAGCAGCCACUGAUCUGCGGGCCCUGGGAGCAGAAGGAGCGACUGGGCACUGGCGGUUUUGGAAAUGUCACAAGAUGGCAGAAUAAGGACACGGAGGAACAAAUUGCCAUUAAGCAGUGCCGUCAGGAGCUGAGUGAGAGAAACAAAGAGAGAUGGUGUCUGGAGAUCCAAAUCAUGAGGAGGCUGAAUCAUGUCAACGUUGUGGCACCCAGGGACGUUCCUGAAGGGAUGCAGAAGCUGGUGGCCACAAAUGACUUGCCACUGUUGGCUAUGGAGUACUGCCAGGGAGGAGACCUGAGGAAGUAUCUGAACGUCUUGGAGAACUGCUGUGGAAUGAGGGAGGGCUGUUUUUUGAUUCUGUUACGUGACAUCGCUUCAGCUCUCACCUACCUCCACAAGAAGAGGAUCAUCCACAGGGAUUUGAAGCCGGAAAACAUUGUCAUCCAGCAGGGAGAGAAGAGAUUAAUCCACAAGAUCAUCGAUCUAGGCUACGUGAAAGAGCUGGACCAGAGCAGCCUCUGCACGUCAUUUGUGGGAACGCUGCAGUACAUAGCUCCGGAGCUGAUUGAGAGGCAGCGUUACACGGUCACUGUAGACUACUGGAGCUUUGGCACGCUGGUCUUUGAAUGCAUCAUUGGAUUUCGCCCCUUUUUACCAACCUGGCAGCUUGUACCCUGGCACAACAAAGUGAAGCUGAAGCAGGACGACGAUAUCGUUGUCUACGAGGAUCUCACAGGAGAGGUCCGCUUCUCCAAACAUCUACCGCAGCCCAACCAACUCAACAGUCUGCUGUUGGAGAAAAUGGAGAAGUGGCUGCAGCUGAUGUUAAAGUGGUCUCCUCAGGAGAGAGGCAAAGACCGUGACGGCAGCCCCGGCGAAUGCUUCACCAAGUUGGAUGACAUUCUGAAGAUGAAGCUGGUUCACGUCCUAAACAUGAUGUCCACAAAGGUCCUGACCUACUCUGUCUCCAAUGAGGAAACUGUGGCUGACCUGCAGCUGAGAAUAGAGAAAGACACCAGCAUUCCCGCAGCCAAUCAGGAGCUGCUGCUGGAAGCGGGACUAGUCCUGGAGCCUCAGGGACUGGCCACACAGUGUGCCGUGGAUUACGCAGAAAUAGAUGGGAGACGGACAGACUUGCCGCUGGUCUUCCUGUUUGAUCGCUCCUCCUGCAGUUAUGAGCCCCAGUUUGCGCCGCGCAACCUCCCAGAAAAUAUCCGUUUUGUCCAAACUGAUCCUAAACACGUCCUGCCUUACAGCCCUCUGAGGAGGACGUGCGGCCAGGCGUGGCACACGAUCCGCUCCUUGAAGGAAGACUGGCAAAGACUGCAGCAGGGGCAGAAAGCCGCCAUCAUGAGUCUGCUGAGACACAACUCUUCACUGUCCCGCCAGAAGAUCGAGAUGGUGUCCAUGUACCAGAGGCUCAUGGCCAAACUGGACUUCUUCACCACCAGUCUUCACAUAGACAUGGACAAAUACCAGGAGCAGACAUCAACGGGCAUCGCAUCAGAGAAACUCCUGAGUGUUUGGAGAGAGAUGAAACAAACUGCCAUCAGCUGCGGUCAGGCCAACGUGAGUGAACUGGAGGAAGAGAUGAUGCAGCUGCAGCCUGACAUAGUGGAUGUCCAGAGGCAGCCAUGGAGGAGUGGAGAGGCUCUGGACACGCUAGAAGGGAAGGCCAUGGAGCUGUUCCGCAAACUCAGAGAGAAGCCCAAAGACCAGAGAUGUUCAGGAGACGGUCAGGAGGUGGUGCGGCUGGUGGUUCAGGCUGUGCAGUUUUACGAGAAAAAGCUGCGGGAUUUCUACACACACCUCAGUAAAACGGCUGUGUGUCGUCAGCGUGUGAUGGAGCUGCUGCCGCGGGUGGAGGGUGUGGUCCAGAAGAUGGCGGAGAGCGAACAGGUUCUGAUGAGUCUGCAGGAGAAACGUCAGAGGGAGCUGUGGAACCUGCUCAAAGUGGCCUGUAGUAAAGUUCGCAGCCCAGUGAGUGGAAGUCCUGACGGACUACGAACCCCUUCUUCUGUACCCACUCUUCUGACCCCCAGACAAAGUUUACAGCAGCUCGAUGAGUCACUGGUGGAGCAGAGCAGGACGUUUGAGAGUCGACUCCAGAGUUUACUUCACGACACCAUCCAGGAAUCGGAAGAUAAUAUGGAGAUGUUAAGGGAGUGGACGUGGCUGCACGGAAGCCAGAGCUUCUCCAGUGACCUCUCCUGAACCGCCGCUCACUGCCAGGUUCACGUGUGAUGAUACUGUACUGCCUCCCUGUGGUCGAGGUGUCCCACUGCAUGCAGAUGAACUCUGCUUCUACACAGUAAUGGGUUUUAGCGGUACGUUUUUUUUUUUGCCCAAAUUCCUUGAGAUUUGAGCAAAGAUGAUGUCAGCUCCUCCCCUGAUAGUCUAUACAUCAGAGCCAAGGUCCCAAACUGUUGACCCUCGUGCUGUGAGGUAACCGUGCAAAUCCCUAUGACACCUGGCUGCCAUUAUUGCUUGAAAAUCCAUAUAUAUAUAUAUUUUCUUUCUUUCUGUAGAAGGUCAAACAUAUCCUAAAACAUUUAUUCCGUGCAAUUUACUUUGAGAGAACUUUAAAAAGUUUUUAAAAAUGUUGUCAAAACAUUAACCUGUGCUCAGCGAUAUUCCCAAAAAGGUUUUUUAUAUAGUGUGAUAGUUCAUCAUAAAUUAUAUUUUACAAACCAUUAAAACCAUGUGAAACUGUAAGAAAUUAACUAAAUAAUAAUAACCCGUUACAACAGAACCUUUAUUUCAGUUUAAGUAGAGGUGAUAUUUUUUAAUUGUAAAAAUCAUGUUGAAAAUCUAUUUACCUGCUUGAAUAUUGACAUGCAUCGUUGUGAAACUGUGAAAACACAUUUUUAAAUCAGCUGCAUAUUUGACUUGACAUGCAUUAUGAUGCAGGAGCACAGUGUUUGGGAUGUUACAUUAUCAUGUAUGUGAUAUUAUGAUUUUUUUUUUUCUGACAUGCGCUAGAAGAUUCUUUAUUUUUGUUUCUUGAAUCCUAAAAUAAAGAGUGAAUUGUAAAUGCCA